AUGUCACCAGAUACAGAGAUGGCAUCCCACGAGGAGAUAUUCUCCGAUGAAUCAAGCUUCUACGGCGACGAAGAUACAAAAAAUGAACUGGAAAAAGCAUGCGCAUCUUUCGACCCAGAACCAUUCUGGGCACAAAUCCAUCAACACCUGCCAGCAACACAACAGCAUAACGCACGCGCAUCAACACGACCUGCCAAGGCAUCCUCAUCAGAUGUCAGCAUGAAAGAUGCAUCACCACCAGCAUCAUCAACCACACUCCCCGCAGACCGUCGCGGCAAAACAGAGCCAGUAGACUCCUUCCUAUCCCGUCUCCCACCAUCAAAAUUGACUGUUCAGGACACAGAAUGGAUCUGGACGUGGAACUCAGCUGGCUCACGUAAAAACGGCGGCGAUGUCGCUUCUUUCACUAGGAAAGGGCAUGAGCUUCUGAAUACCUACGAAGAAGAAAGCACCCGACUCCGACAAGCGCACGAUGCAUCAGGUGCGAAAACUACAUCUGGCCUGACCCGCAAAUUGAACCCUCUGCGCCAGGAACUGGAGAAAGCGAUUCUCGCGCUGGCGCGGGAGACGGAUGUUACGACGGGGAAGUGGAUGCUCUUCCCGUCAGUUGAGCACGUCGAUGAAGUCUGGCGUGCGGUGGUUAGUGCUACAGAGAAGGGGCAGCUAGGUGAUGCGGCUAAGGUUGCUACGGAUGAUGGGUCUGGGUCUGGGCAGGCGCGUCUGAUUUGUGUUUAUACUGCUGAUUUUGCGGAGAAGGAGGAUCUUAAGCGGGUGCUGUGUAAGUUGGUUGAUAUGGAUCUUGUUGGGAAGGGGAAUCGGGCGAUUUACUACAAGGCUGAUGCUUAUACUCAUCUUAAUAUCAAUUCGAAGAAUGGGUAUGGGUUGAAGGCGAGUAUGUACUCCAGUCGGGACGUUCUUGCUUGGAAAUGA